AUGGUAGGUCAAGGUCUACACACAUCCCACUCGAAAGCCCUUCCGUUCCUUACAGCCAUGGGUGCCUCAUUACUCGUGACUCUUGCGACCUUCCUGCCUCUUCUAUUACACCUUGUAAUCGCGUCGCCCAUUCCUCAGGGUGACACAGAUCACUUGACUUCUCUUUACCCUGAACCGGCGCCAAGCUAUGGCAACAUCUCCUGGAUCCACGACCCCAGCAUCAUCUGCGAAGACGGUACUUACUGGCGCUUCUCCACCAGUGGGAAUAUAGCUGUCGCCACUGCACCAUCGAUAAAAGGGCCAUGGACGUAUAAGGGGGCUCUUCUACCAGAAGGCACAAAGAUACAGAUAGAUCCGAAUCAAGACAUCUGGGCCCCGUCAAUCUCCAAAUUCGACGAUUUAUACUACGUACACUACUCCGUCAGCACCUUUGGUAGCCAGGUCUCGCAAAUCGGCCUUGCAACCGCAGAAUCUCUCUCAGGACCCUGGACCGACCAUGGCUCGCUCAACCUCCCCCAGCAAUCUACCUACAACCUCAUCGACCCGUACAUCUUCCAGGACCAGCCGGAUGACACUCUGUACUUCACUUUCGGCAGCUAUUGGACCGGCAUCCAGCAGUUCUCUCUCCCGUCGCACGAGCAGCUGAUGGCUCUCGAUGGUAGCAUAGCGCAGGUAGAGGACAUCCAGACCAUUGUCACCAACUCCUCCGCCGGUGCUGCGGUCGUCGAGGGCGCAGUCACACACAAGAAUGGCGGGCUGUACUACCUCUUCUUUUCUGUCGGCGCGUGCUGCAACACACCGCCAAACCUCGCGGCUCCGGGGAAUGAGUACCGCAUCGCUGUGUGUCGGGCCGAGGCGGUCACAGGUCCGUAUGUCGACCGUGAAGGCAGAGAUUGCAGAUCGCAGAGCGGUGGAACUACGAUUUUGGCGAGCCAUGGAGAUGUGUAUGCGCCCGGCGGUCAGGGAAUUAUGACGCUACCGAGGGACGACGGGCAGGAGGGGCGGGACGUUAUUUAUUAUCACUAUGUGAAUCCGAAUGUUGGGUAUGCAGCAGACGAGUUUUUCUUUGGUUGGAAUUACCUCGAGUGGGAGGAUGGAUGGCCUGUCGUUGCGUAG